AGAUAAGAUGAAUGCGUUGCAGAUGAGUGAAUAGUGUUGUGAGUCAAUACUGGAAUCAAAGUGCUCAAGUAGGGACAAUUAAAGUACUUACCUUUCAAUAAAAUCAUGUCAGCCAGAACAUCGACAAUCAAAGGAUCUUCAAGUCGAUUGUAAGAAAGGUCUAAAACUGAAAGAUUCCUGCACAUCUUCAGGUGAGCUAGAUCCUCUGCAAUAAAACUGUUCUUAAACCAAGAAAUUCAUAAAUUGUAGCCCACUUACCAUUAUUUUAGUGUAUACUUACCUACAGAUGUUAACAUAUUGUGAGCGAUACUCAAAGUGUGUAAAUCAGGAACUACAUCGAGAUUCUCAAUCUUAGUGACAAAAUUGUGGUCUAAGUUUAGUGUGUCUAAUUUGGGACAUCCGUCUAGGUUCUCGAUCUUUCUGACAACGUUGUAAUGGAGGUAGAGGCAUUUUAACUGAGACAGAGUGUCCAAACCUUCAAUCCUCUGUAUACCAUUAUUCUCAAGAAAUAAGCAUUUAAGACCCGUGUACUCUUCUAAGUUUUCAAUUGUCGAAAAUCCCUGGAAUUUGUUAUCUAUAAUAUUAUUUGCUGCACCAAAGUAAAAGCUCAUUUAAUGUGGAUAAGAUUUUUUUAAUACCUUCAUGUAAUGUAACAAAAAACAUUCAUAUACAAUAGACCGACGGUAAUUCAACAAAUGUUUUGCAAGGCAAUGUCACAUUAUAGAGUAGGUACUGCCUAAGAUCAUGCUCUGUAUUCAGAAAUGUUAUGAUAACGAGUACUUUGUUAUCCGAAAAAUUAAGUACAUAUGCUUUAGUUCUUGUUAUGAGAUACAUAUCAAAAAAAAUAUGAUAGGCGUGUCGAAUUAUAAGGGCUACCGCGGAUCUACUGUAUAAUGGUUUCUUACCUUAAAAUGAAGAUACAAAAUAUCAUUUAAUUGUGGUGUACAGUAUAACUUGUGCUGCUUGCAAUGAUUUCUUAUAAAUUCCUUGGUCAUGCGAGGUCCUCUAUUCAUCUCCUCUAGCUCUUUUUCGAGCUUCAGACGCUCUCUCUUUUUAGCUUCCUCUUUUUCCUUCUGUUUUUGCUGUUUCUUCAUCUCAUCUUCUUGCGUCACUAAAAAUAUUGGUUACGAUCCUACAGAUACGAAUAAAUAAAACAAAAAAACAAGCAAAACGGGUCGACAGGAACUAAAUAUCACAUAAAAUAUAUAUGUUACUAGCUGACCCAGCGAACUUCGUACCGCCAUAAAAAAUAGGGGUUGGUGGUAGAAAGUUGAAAAUUUAGGGAUGUAUGUAUUUUUGUAUGAUGUAUCAUAAAAAAAUUAAAAAAAAACUAUCUAAAAUUGAAAAAGAAAUUAGGGGUAGAUUACCCUUAACAUUUAGGGGGAUGAAAAAUAGAUGUUGUCCGAUUCUCAGACCUACCCAAUAUGCACACAAAAUUUCAUGAGAAUCGGGAAAGCCGUUUCGGAGGAGUUUAACCACAAACACCGCGACACGAGAAUUUUAUAUAUUAGAUUAUAAAUAACCAUGACGCGGAAUCAACAAUGCCUAUCAUACAAAUAAAUUACCCUACAUAGGUUAGAGCUCAGGACCUUUGGUACUGAAGGCAGGAGCGAAUCAUUGUGAAAGAAAUAAAAACCCUAUUCCACAUUGACCUAAAUUUUUCCUCACCUUCUGUUAGCAUUGCCUGUGGUGUUAAUUCUUCAUUUCCAAUAUUGCGGAUGUGAUCACCUUGGGCCUGUUUGUCUACUACAGAGCUUUCUUGUUCCUGUAUUUUUCGACAACCUGCUGCACCUAAAAGUGUUUUCUUUCUGUUCUCUUCUCGAUGCAACAUACUAUUUGCCAGUCUCAGUACUUCUUUAUUAUCUUUCAUCUUGUCUUUAAUAUCAUACAGAAGUGCAUUGAUUCGUUUAUUGCGAUCUAAUUCUCGUUGUUUAAAUUCAGAGAGAUUCUUAUUUGUCUCGUCAUCGUAAUUAGAUUUAACAUCAUAUGACUCGCUUUUAAAUCUUUCACUUUGUUGUGUUUCGUCUUUUUGCUUAUGUACCUUAGUGAUGUUCUCCAUAUCCAUAUUCUCUAAUUUAUCUGUAGCCUGUUUAGCUGGGUGUAAAAUUCCAUGUGAUUUUUUUAAUAUCUCGUCAACUUCUUCAAUAAACACCUUACAUUCUUCAUUUCGUUGUUCAUAACUUUCUUUACUUUUAUUGAUUCGCUCUUCGUGACAUUUUAUUUCUGCAUUCAGUUUAUUAAUUGCAUCAUGAAUAUCGUUAAUUGAAUUCUCUGUAACUGUUCCUUUAGGUACGACUUCCUCAAAAUCAGUUUUAUUACUAUUUUCUUCUGUUUCUGCCCUAUCGACUUUAAUAGAUGUCUCUUUCUGCCAAUUUUCACGUUCUUCUUUAAGUUUUUGAUAAGCAAUAUUUGAUUUCCGUGAAUUUUCUAAUGCUUCGUUAACAUCAUUUAGCAGUUCAUUCAUACUGUUUAGCUUGUUAGUGAUAUCUUCUCGUAUCAAAGUACUCAAAUUAUCAGCUCCUUCUACAAUAUUACGAGCUAGACUCUUCAUUUCCUUGAAUUCCAUUUCGUUAUUGUCUUUGUUUUCAUUAUUACUCAUUUCGAAUAUAUCUUCUAAUGCAGUUUGUAAUGUUAGUUCUAUUUUUUCAUCAAACUUCUGCUUUUUGGCUGCUGCCAAAUUAUUUUCAGUAAUGUCAUUCUUAUCAACCUGCAAUGUAUCAUUAUUUACUGUCAGGAUUCUUUCUGUUAAAUUACUUGUUUGGUUGUUGGAUUCAGCAGUCGAAUUUAGUACAGAGUUAAUAGCGAGCAAUGCUUCUUCGGUUUCCUUCAAUUUUGUUUCCAUUGACUUUGGAAAAACUUCAUAAUAAGAAACUUCAGAAUCUAUAAUUUCUUCUUUAUUUUCCUUUUGUUUAAUUUCUAUUUUACUAAUUUCUUUCCUGUUUAGGUCAGGAGUGACAGGAUUAUCCUUCAACGACAUAUUCAUAACUUCAUUUAUAGCAUACGUUUCCUUUACUUCAUCAAAUACAGAUUUCCUUAUUUGGCCUUUAAUUAAUUGGGUCGAUGACUCCUUCAAAAUUGGAUCAGAUUUUAUGUGGCUUUUGUUUAUAAAAGGUUUUGUUGUUGUUGUUGAUUGCGUGUCCUCAUAUUCAUCUGCAAGUUUUAAUAACAUAUCUUUAGUUUCUUGGAAUCUUGUUUCGUAAGAUUUUCCAGUGUAAUGACUCACAACUUUUUCAAUAGCUUCAAAAUCUUCAUCAUCAUUAUCUUCGCUUUUAUUUUCUAAUUUGAUAUCUUCCUCGGUAUUUUUUACUGGUUCGGCCUCAUAAUCAUUGAUGGAGUUUACCAGAGCUUGCAUAUGUUUGUAAUUAAGUCUAUUUACCUUUUCAAUAUCACCAUCGGCUGAAUCUAUUUCUGAUCGCAUAUCACUGAAGGCUGCUAUAUUGAUUUUGUCCAAUGGUAUUGAAAUCGGUUUUCUCUCUUCCGUGCCUGUCACUAUUUGUAUUUGCCUGGCUUUUUCUGCUAUUAUGGGAUUUCCUUUGAGUUUUUCUUUGAUUUCCUCGACAGUUAAUGGUCUGUUAGUGUCUUCAAUUUGAGUGAAAGGCUGCCCCGUCAUAACUUCAUAUUCAGACUUUACUUCCCCCGAAGCUGAGGCAACUAUAUAAGGUCUAUUCUCCUGACUUUUCAAGGGUUUAAGUUCGUUUUCAAUCACUUUAUCGAUCACCUCUUGAGGGAAUUUGGCGUCUUUGAAGAAUAUUUUAAGUUCUUCGCGUUUUUUAUCUAUGUAAGCAGACUCGGCAGAUAUAGAUGAGUCAGGUAUGUCCAUUAUCCAAUUAAUUCACGUAAAAACUCAAUAAAAUAAUAUUUACUUCUUUUUCAGUAGUAAAACGUGAGGUGCGCUAGUUUAUCUAUCACCAUGGUUACAAUUUGGCAUUUUGUUAGAUCGAAGUGUGAAUUCAAAUUUCGAAAUCAGCGCGCUUUCCAAGGACUACAAUUUUUCUUUUCACGUAGGUAGAUCGUAGACAGUAAAAUCAACUAUACAAUAUCGCUCUAAUAAAAUUAAGAAUUUUACCAUGGAUAUUUUUUAUAUUUAAAUUACGACCCCACUGAAGCAUAAAUUCAUUUCGGUUAUCACAAAAUACAUAAAAAUAACAAUAGCAUAACAUCAUUGGAACCAUAUUGGAAAAUCUGAACAUGGGCGGAACUGAACUGAAGCACUUUUCUUAUUACUGAAGUUAAAGCUCUAUGGUUUUGUGUAUUUUGCUUUCCAUAUGGCAAAAUGAAUCAUUCUGUCAACUUACGACGUGACAUGACAGUUUCUCAGUUUCACAAAUACAAAUUCUAUCUACCUGAAGUCCUGAAUUAUGGACUGAAUUUAUUGGUUUUCCAAGCUCAACGUUUAUAUACCACUGAAAAUCAUUGUCAUUUUUACUAUUUUCAGGUCCAUUCUUUAAGAAGCUCACACAAAAUGACCGACGAACGUAAUUUUCGGUCUUCAUACUACGAAAAAGUUGGAUGCCGGGGUGUGGAAGAAAAGAAGUCCUUAGAAAUUCUUUUAAAAGAGAAACCAUGGGAUAAACUGAAGCUGAAACAAUUCUGUUUACGUUUCACAGUGCCUGCGGCAUAUAGAAAUCUCGUCUGGAAAGUUUUAUUGGAUAUCUUACCUGUAUAUCCUGAUUCACAUCAGUUUGUGAUGGAACAACGAACAGAUCAAUACAAUGACUUGCUAUAUGCUGUGGAACUGUUAGAUCUGGUUGAUUUGAAGGCUCCUCGAAGUAAGAUUCUGCUGCAGAUGUGGCUUCUUGACAAUGAGCAAAGAGAACCACCGAUUUUCAAGGAAACUAAUUGCUCGUUGGAGGAUACAUUUGUGCCUAUUACUGACACCUUAUUGGAGCUCUAUGAUGAUGAGGUGGACAUCUAUUGGUUUGCGAAGAGUCUCACUGAAGUAGUGCGAGUGAUGCAGAAAGACCUGUCCAAACUAAAUGAGGCUUUCCAAAGCAUGCUGGAGAAAGAAGAUGGAGAAUUGUAUAACCAUCUAGUUGAGUUGAAUGCACUGGAAAAAUUGCCACUUCUAAAAUGGUACAAUUGCUGUUUUGCUGGAGUUCUGGAUGAUACUUCGUUGGCCAAAAUCUGGGAUAAAUUGUGCAGUGGUGCGCCGAAAAUACUAUCAUUUGUCGCCGUAAUGCUUAUUAUAACUUUGAGACGUAACAUUUUAAAGGCGAAAUCGGUACAAGAAAUUCUAAAAUGCGUUUCACAGAUACCAGAGCAAUAUGAGGAAGUUAUCGCACUGAAAGCAAUGGAGCUGUGGCAAUAUUAUGGCUCCCAGCCACAGAACGAUCCCCUUGCGAAGAAAUGAUGUAUGACUUUCUAAUGAGUGCAAACCACUCAUUAGAAAUAAAAUGAAACAAAUCAUGAACUAUGCAGCAUUUUGCAUGAAACAUUAUUAUUCUAGAGAUGCUUGGACAAGAUCUCAAUGGUAAAUACAAGUUUGAACUUUAAAACCUGGUUACAAAGGCGUUAUUUGUGGUUAAAUAUUAAUGAGUAUUUGUAUCUUAUGAGUGUAAUAACCUUUCAGUAAUAAAGAAAACUUUAAAGCAAUCACGAAUUAUAUUAUAGAAUUACAUAUAAUUUUUAAUAAUAAGGUGUUAUAAUCUGGUGUGGUAUGUAAUGUGUAUUUAUUACCUAGCAAUUUAGUCAAAAACUUGGACCUAAACCUAAAUUUGACAGUAGUAUGUAUGUAUAUCAAGAAUGUAAUAAAAUAAGAGACUCUCAAAUUAGGUUUACGUUAAUAGAAUUUUGCCAGAAUUGGGCCACUUUAGGAAUUACAGAUAUGCAAUUAUAACGUUAUCUUAUCAAUAAACGAAAAGUAACCUUGUACUAGUAACACACUGGUGUCAAUUCUGGCGUGAUUCUCUAAACCUAAAACUAAAUUUAAGGUCAGUCUCACCUUUUCAUUCUGUAUAGAGAAGGACAAGGAUGCACUGUUGUCAAAUUUAAGUUUAGCUUUAGAGAAUCAUGCCAGAAUCGACAUCACUGUUUUGUUUGCAUUACUUUAAUAACUUAUGUAGACAUAAUUUAAGAAGAAUUACAUAGAAAAUAUAUUUUGGUAUAAAUAUCUUGUGGUUUAGUGCUUAAUUUAAAAAUAUAUGAUAUUACCUCAAAAAAGAUAGACAAGCGUUCAAGAGUUUCAGUAGAAAACGUCAUACAAAGGUUGCGUUUAUGUGUCUUUAUUUAUGUGGUAGAACCGUAACUUUAUUACCAUAAAAAGUCAGAGUUUGAGAAAAAACGUCAUAGAAAAUUUGCCUAAACAAGGUUUUAAACCGUAUCUAGCUUUUUUGUGGUAGACUGUAAGUUUCUAAUUCAAAUUUAUUGUGCAAAUAGUUAUUGUAAGAAUAAUGUAAUUGUUUCUGGUGUAAUUUGUAAUUUUAUGUUAUUGAUUACGCUCUAAUAUUGAUAUGUAUAUAAGUGAUUUAUUUUAAUGUUUAGUUAAUAUGCUAAAUUAGCAAAUAAAUGGCAAGCAUGUGGCACGCCAUAUUGAUAAGGGUGCCUAACAUAUAAAAAUAGGCUAUAGGGCAUUACCAAUAAAGAAAAUAAUAAAUAUUUUAUACUAGUCAGUAGGCGUCUGUUGCUAAGAUUUGGAAAUUACGAAGGUAGAAGUAACAAAAUGUUUUGUGUGUAAAUAAAUGUAUUAAUACAGUCA